UAUACGGCCUCGAGAAUAUUUGUAGGCCCACAAUGGGCGGGGUCGUGGCUUGGGUCGAGUGAGAGACAUGGAGCGACCUCAGUGUUCUCAGUGGUGAGUUGCACGGCCAUCGCCGACCGUCGGUUUCGCCUAGCGCAACCAACGUUACUCUGCUAUGACAUCGCUCUGAAAAUCCCAGAUUAUCCCAGUAAAAGCUUCUAGCUAAAGUCACACACACUAAACGUCGCCGGGCGGCUUCUUCGCGUGACGGAGAGAGCCAUCGAAGAGGAGCCGACGUUCCGUCGAAUUCUUUAUUUCCGAGGAGACCCGCUCCACAUGCUAAGAAGACAUCCGGUUUCGAUAGCACGGAGGAGGACCGUUCGCGUGGGGCGUGCACGUAAACAGAGAGGGGCCAUCGAGAAUAUACGAGCCGGCCGAAAAAUUGCACGGUGGCGUGAGAAAGAUAGAGAUAAAAGGUGAACAAAAGAAACAAGGGGGGAUAGUAGAGGAAGAGGGUGUGUGUUGUGGUGGAAUAGAGGACUCGAAAACACGAGACAGAACGAGGGGGAGGGAAUGAACGGCCCCGGGAGUCAUCAGCAUCGCGGCUUGGGCAUGCAGGGACGUUACAGGGCCGUGGUGGCCGGUGGUGCAACGGCCGGGCCCCAUUCCCGGCCACCAGCGCCCCCUCACGCCCGCGGCGGAUGGCAUCCCCAUAACCAGCAUCCUCAGCAUGCGCAGAUACCGCAGCAAUACUCCGGCAACAAGGAAUACCCGUAUCGGCAGUGUCCACCGCCGCCACGCUUCCAUAACGGGGACUGUCCGGGAGUUGGUACGUCUUCCGGACCGAACGGUAAGGAAGUAUCGUAUCACGGGAACGUAGGCGGAUCCAGCGUGGGGUACAAACCGCCCCCGCAGCACAGCCCGCAGUCGAGAGGUCCACCGGCCCAUUUCCCACAGGAGUCUGUGGGCCCGCCGGCCAACUCUCCGCCGUUGCACAUCAACAUCUGCGGUCAGGAGAACACGAUGCGCGGUCCAUUAUUGAACAUGAGUUCAGGCCUCGGAGCUAGCGGCGUCGAUAUGGAGUACCGUAGGAGUUCCCAAGGUAUAUACAGAGUUUCGACACGGUCUAUCGAUCCUACCAGCCCGUACGUGUCGCCACGUUACAAUUCUUCUGAAACUGUCGACACGUUUUCAGCCACCAAUCAGCUACCUCUGAGCCCUGUACAAAUCCAGCCAUCGCCAGCAUAUUAUAGACAGCCUAGUCAGGACGAUGGCAGAAAGAGCGAGUCUCCGUCGAGAAAACGUCGUCGAAUAUCUCGCAACGGCGUCGUUUCCGGGAUCGAGGUCCGUGAGACAACGCCCCCGUCGCUCACGUCCCCGUUACACACGAACCUGCCAUCCGUACCGCCUCUGCCAUCCCUGCCGAACCUGCCACCGUGGGAUUUACCCCCGGCUCUCCAAAUGCGAUCGUCCCGCAACCAUUAUAUAACCCGCCACAACUCGGCGAUCCGUAAUCGUUAUCAACGGCACACCGAGUCGUUCGGUCUGUCCCAUUCGUUCAUGUCCGAGCAGAAUCCCCAUCCGACCAUUCCGAACUCGAUCCACGGGAUUCACACCCCGCACAAUCUGCACACCUCCCACCAUAAUAUGCAUAACGCGCAUCAAACGCAUUCCCAUCAUCCGGCCGGGACGGGACAUCAUCCAGCGCAGGAGUCGAACGGUCCGGUGGUGGUCGACGUCGGUCAGGUCGGUGUGUCCGGCCUGGGUGUGGCCGUGAGCGGGGAACCGAUCUGGCAUCCCCAAGCGACAGGUUACAGAAUCCCGUGCCAGCUGCACGGCAUAUACCCGCCAAUGGGGGCGCAUCCGUUCACGCACUCGUGCCAGGUCACACACCAGAAUCAUUAUUCACCAGCCCAUCCGAACCAGCCAGGCCACAGCCUAGUCAGUUCGAUAGUUGGCGCAGCAUCCAGAGGAUACCCAGCACCGGCCGGCGGUCCUGUCGCGGCCCUUCACCACGCUCACCCGCCUCCACCACCCGUCCAUACUACUCACUACACUGCGCACCAUCAACUCUCACAACAGCGGGAGGUUGAAUUAGAGUUAAUAGAAUCCCAUCACCAUCAUCGUGUCGGAGCCGCCCCCGGUGCUCCAUUACCGUUACCGCAUUCGUACUCACCGCCGGCCCUCACUCAAGUCACGACACCGCCACCCAUAUUCAUGUCCGAAACCAGAAACAGUCAAUUGGAAAUGCUGCAGUCCAGGAGCCGCCGGAUAGUGUCGACCGCUCACGCGCUCCGACGAUCAAGGCUGAGCAGAUGGAGAGGUACACCGCCAAUACCGCCAGCCACCUAUCCAGGAUUCUUGCUGCACUUCCUGGCGAUGUUCAGCAACCCGCCGUUAUCACCGUACAACCAAGCGGAACUGUCUUCCCCGGAUUCAGCCACCGAGAAUUACGAGGCUUUGCUGUCGCUGGCGGAGAGGCUCGGCGAGGCCAAGCCACGGGGACUUACGCGGGCAGAGGUUGAGCAACUGCCCUCGUACAAAUUUAACGCGGAGACGCAUCAGGGAGACCAAACGAACUGCGUGGUUUGCAUGUGUGACUUCGAGGCUCUGCAGUCACUCCGUGUUCUCCCGUGCUCGCACGAGUUCCACUCCAAGUGCAUCGACAAGUGGCUCAAAUCUAACCGAACGUGUCCAAUCUGUCGCGGUGAUGCAGGCGAGUAUUUCGGGAACAGUGGGACCGGUAGCGACUGACGCCAGCCUGCUCAAGUGCACUAGCGCCAACUGUCACGAGUCUCAGGGACGCUACAUCGCACAGAGCUGCCGGCGGCGGUCACGUUGCUGGUUUGUGCAAAUUUCUGUUGAUAACCCAUGCAACAAUGCGUGCGCCCCUUUUCUCAUAGCCGAGAACCGACACCCGACGUUGUUGGGCCUCUCCGGGGGUCGUCGUCGUCGUCGUCGUGCUGUCACGUGAUCCAGCCGUGUGUCGUCUUUGGUUCACCUGAACGGGAGGAGGAGAAGGUGAAGGAGGGAGCAACUUUCGGGGAAAGAGCGCGGGAUAUUCGAUCACGGAGCGAGCGAACAUGGAGGGGGAGAGAGAGAGAGAGAGAGAGAGAGAGAGAGAGAGAG